CACUUCAAAGCAUAGAAUUGACUCCUUUAAACAAUAUACAUCGAGCAGAGCCCUUUCGUUUGAAAUUUUCAAACCAUGGAACCCUAACCCUAAAUCGGAAUGGAGACCUACUGUUGAUGCUUGCUUCGACAUCGUGCCCAAGCAUUCGCGUAGGCCAGGUUGUGGAUUCCUACACAAUGUUGGCUCAAGUGUAUCUGCAUAUUCACCAUGGGGGUAAUUUUGUGCGAGAUCAUAAAAUUAGGUAUGUUAAUGGUGAUUUCGAAAAAAUAGAAGUUGACCCGGACAACAUUUCAUACCCUCACCUGAUUAAGUAUAUUAAAAAGGAUAGAUAUUCAAAUAUUGUGGAUCUUUACUAUAAGUUGUGUCAUGAGGGCAUGGACCAAUUACGGCUCUUGAGUGAUGAUUACAGUACGGUUGUUUUAAUUGAAGAAGUCUCAAAAUGGGGCGAAGUUGAAAUCUAUGUGGAACACGGGUUAGAUGAUGCUUUCAUUCAUUUAGAGUUGCCAUGUGUUGGUGCGAGUAAAGGCGCAGGGAUGGAAGAUGUACAACACAGGUGUAAUCCGAUUGAUGAAGUUGGUGUAGCAUGUGACAAUGUAUGUGAAGACACACCGAUGGCGGGAAAUGUUCAUGCUAAUAAUGAAUACUCAGAAGGAAGGGGUGGUGAUGUUCAAGUUGAUCCAGGGGAUGAAGACCUAAAGGAUGCUGAUGAUAAAGACACAGAAGACACUUCACACAUCAGUCAGUUCAGAAAUACAGAAAGGGGUGAGGGUGGUCAAGGCAGUGAAAAUGAAGAUCUUUCAAGUGAUGAUGUAGAAGAUGGCAGUGUGUACUAUGACAGUGAAGACCCCCCAAUUAUGUCUCUGAAAAUGAGCAAGAAGAUGCAGACGGCUUUGACAAAGCCAACUUUCCUUUCUACAAUACUGAGUCUGAUCCACCCACAUUGGAUGUGGGGAUGUUGUUUGAUGAUGGAAACCAAUUCAAGAAUGCUAUGAUAAGGUAUGCCAUUCACGAGAAAAGAAACAUACGAUUUGUAAAAAAUGAGCCAAUGAGGGUUAGAUUCAAAUGUGAAAAAAAUUGUCUCUUUGAGUGUUCGACAUCCUGGGAAAGAAGCUUGGGCUGUUUUCAGAUUAAGACAUUGGUGUCUAAACAUAGAUGCAAUCAGAGGUUCCAUUUGCGGGUUGUAAGUCAGAAGUGGAUACAAGAAAAGUAUGAGUCAAAGAUUAGUGACAAUCCCACUAUAGGCCACAUGGAACUGAAGAAACACAUUGAAGACACACUAAAAACAAAUGUCAGUGUUUGGAUGGUUGGCAGAGCAAUUAAUGAAGUGCUGAAAUCAAUAAAUGCAAAAUUUGAGGAGCAAUUUAAAAGAAUACGUGAUUAUGCACAGGAAUGUUUGUUUGUCCCUGUUUCAUUCAACAAUCAAACUAACAAUAUAGAAUAGAGCAGAAAACAGCUUUGAUUCAAUACCAAAUAAGGAUUUCGAACUUCAGAAUAUGGGUAUCGAGAAACAAAGGUUGCGGCUCUCUCUAGACUAAAAUAAUAUGCGCGUGAAUAAUCUGUCAAAAGCCUCUUCGCACAUUCCCUUAAAGGCUAUAUUUAUAUGCCUAGGGAAUGUGUGAUGUGACCUAAGCAUGAUUGGGCUCCUUUAUUGAUUGGGCCCAAUAGCACACUUUACACAUUUCCUAAUAAAGCUAGUCUAAUAAUAGCUAACAAAGAUCCCAAUGGGCUAAAAUAUCUAGACAAAAUAAUUACACAAAUACAAAGAUAUUUAUCAGGAUUGGACACCAUAAAAUAUCCCUAACAAUCUCCCCCUUGGUGUUCAAUCAUGUUCAUUCAGCAUUGUUGCGCGGAUAUCUUUGUCUUUGUGUUUAUUCAGCAAUGUAGAGGAGAGCGUAGAUAACAUUUGUUGAGUUGCUCUUCUUUUGUCUUGAUCUUCAGUGCAGCUCAGCUUCCUUUAUCUUGGUCUUGAGCUCGACUUCUUGAGAAGGCUUUCUGUAGAAAUCCUUGUAAUCUCCCCUUUGAUUUCUUCUUGGCAAUUUGUUCUUUGAUGUCGGGGUUUGAGGAAUCUUCAAAGUCUUGCUUGUAGUCCUUGCCUUCUAGAAGUUGCUUGUAGAGCAGCUUGAAUGAAUUCCGACGGCGCCUUUGGAGCAUGUGUUCGGUUGAUUUCCAGGCGCGCAUGGGAUUCAUCUUCAAAUUUGAUUACCCGACCUUUGUCUCCUCCAUUGUGUAGGUGCACAGCGGAAAAAGAUUGCUUUUGAGGAGAUCUCGUCGGUCGCAUUCCCAAAAGAGAUGGUUAACUUCUGGGUAAAGCUGACAAUUUGAUUUGAAGCUGUCUUGGCAUUUAUGAUGAUUUGAGAGAAUAGAGAGCCGUUGUUGAUUUUUGUGAUGGAGGAGAGAAGUGUCCAAAAAUGAUUUGUUGAUAGUGAACAGCAUGUGGACCAUUCUCCCCCUCAUGACGAUCCGAUGAAUCGGGACGUCAUGCUUUUAUUCUUUUAUUCUGGAUAACAAAAACUAAAAGAAAAAAAGAUAAAAACCGGAUACACCAUAGUGUUCCGUUAUCACAACAUCAAUGUAAACACUGAUGUGUGGCCUGUGUAAAAUGAUAGAAGCUAUAAAGUUCUAACAGGACUUCCAACCUGUCAUUGUGAAGCAUCUGAAGUAGAUGUCACUCUGGUUGUUAUGGCAUGAUCAUAAAGACCAGCAAUGAAAGCGGUAGCCCCCCGAAGUCACGUAGACACCCGUUAUCAUCACUAUAGAGAUAAACUCUAGAGCGAUGGCCUGAACAUGUUGGUGAUUUCUAUGUUGCAACAGCAGGACUUCCUUCCAAUCAUCGGUCUACAUCUAAAGUAGAUGAGCCCUAUGGAAGUUCUCGCGGGUCAUGAAGACCUGCAACUGACUCAAAAGUGUGUUUGUGUCCUAGAAAAUUCAAAACAUUUGGGAGUGAGAUAACUAGACACGACGUGAUCAAUGAAAGUUCAGUGGCAUGGGGCUGAGGCCACUGUAGUCAGUAUCACUUGCCUCGGAAGGAGACAAUAAUAAUAGAUGAGGUUCCCCGUGAAAUAUGAUUAAGCACAUGUCUGUUGGGAAACAAGUGAGUGGUCUAGGGUAGGGUUGUGCAUGCGCCGUUUGGACAAAAUGCAGCGACUUCUACCCGGGAUCUGAAUAAAUUCAGUCCUGAACCUAUGGGGAAUUGUCCGGAUUAUUUGAGUGACUGGGAGUAAUUCUCUCAAUUGAAAGCGCAAUUGAGGUAGCAGACAUGUAAUUGAUUAUUGUUUUCUCGCUCACAUGAGCCUUCUGCAUCCUCACUCUCAUAGUGUUCACUCAGUUACCCACUCCCUCUCGGCUUUGCCCCUUGGGUAGGCUUAGUUGGGUUUACUAAGCCAUUGGGACUUGUCUCUCGUUUCUCUUUGCUCUUUUCUCUUUGUACUCCCCCUCAACUGUAGCACUCAGUAGGAUGCCUUUGAUGAUAAUUGGCGCUUGGGAGGAGAACAUUGAAAACUCCCCCUCAAAAUCUGCAUCCUCGAGAGAAUUCUUGUAUUUAGCUUGGUUGUUUGAGGGUUCAGGUUGGGGUUAUUGGCUAGAUGAAGCACCAUGCUCGAGUAUCCGUUGCCUCUUAUUCUCCCCCUCAUGAGGAGCCGAAUAAUCAGGGUCCUCAUGUGAACGUUUGUGACCACGGAGACUGUCAUUGCAUGUGCUUUAGGUUUCAAGUACCACAAUAAGAGCUCUUUGUUUGUCAGUGAGUGGAGCUUCUUUGGUUUCCAGAAUGCUCGCUAGCAUAAUGGAUGCUAGGUCAUCGAAUGGCAUGGUAAAUGGUCUAAUGGGAUAGGGUAAGGAUUGGAGUGAGUUGCUGUUGGGAAUGGGAGGAUGAAGGUUGAGUUAGAGUUUGGAUGAUGUCAUUAAGAAGCGCCGGGGUGGUCCUGAAUUCCUGUGCCUAAGCGGUUAUUGCUUCGUGCACCCAUGGCUUAAUGGUGGAAUCCAAGAAGCGCUGCAAAAUGACAGAAAGGUCGGUAGGGUUAGGGUUUCCGGUUACAGGGGUAGUAACCGUUGUCACAACAUCGGUAAAGAAUAGCGGUGUGUGGCCUGCAUAUGAUGAUUGGGUUAUCUGUAGAGCAGCAGGACUUCCGAUCAUCAUUGAAGUAUCUCCGAUCGUUGUUGACAGGUAGAGUGGACCUGUAGAGUGCGGUGGUGUGAAGAAUGUAUGUGUCCUAGAAAAAUUAGAAAAUAUAUAGAGGGUGACACCUAGACACAAUGUGGUAGAAGGAGGGGUAGUGACCUGGGGCUGAUGGUCACUAUAUAUAUCCUCGGCCGCUCCGAAAGGGGGCGGAGAGGUGGGUAUGAGAUUCCCUGAUAUUGAAACUACUACCUAUUGGGAGGUAGCAGAGCGGCUAGGAGAGGCUUGUGUAUGCGCAGUUGGGCUGGAUGUUGCGUCUUCUACCCGGAGACUGAAAAGAUCAGUCUCUGUGCCUAUGGGGUUAGCCCGGUUUGUAACAUCUAGGUUUCUUCAGCUAGGCUUCUUGAUGCUUGCACUCUUUGUGUAGGAGUGAGUGAUGAGGAGAGGACAUCAUGAUGUUGUUUAGAGCGAGUCUCACUGGUAAUCUGUCCUUGAGUAUUCUUUCUCAAGUAAGACUCCCCUUCAUCUGCAGCCGUAGGAAGCUUGAUAUUGAAUCAACAUUUUUGUACAGGAGCUUUCCUGGCUUUCCUUGCGUUGUCAUCUUCAUCCUCGUCGUCCUCAUCACUCUUUUCGUUGUCGCUCUUUCCAGCCUUGCUCCCGGAGCCCUCAUCGUCAGCGUUUUGUAGUCUGGCUGCGCUAGACGAGUCAUAGGUAGUCUCCUCAGCAACUCGGAGGUGGCCCUCAGCAGACAUAGUCUGAUCAUCAUGGGGCCAGACUGCCACUGGUCUAUGUGGCUGGGUUCAACUCUCAGGACCCUCACUUGCGCUCGACUGACUCCCUGGGGUAGGCUCAGGAGGGUUUAUCUGAGCCAUAGGGAGUAUGAUAUUGUUCUUUUGGCAGUAGCGUCGGAUAGAUGGGUCAUUAGGAUCAGCUAACUGCAGAAGUGGAACUGGUAUAGUGAGAAGUACCAGUGUAGGAUCCUCAGUCAUCUUCUUCUUGAGAUAUUUAAGGGCAGGAGUGCUGACGUUCUCAGUGAAUAGUCGUCGGUGAAUAGUUGGAGUUGUUCUGCAGAAACGUCACGCUAGCACUGAUAACCAUCUCAUAUAUGGUAAAUGUUUGAUCAGGUUUGUCCUUUUCGUCUAUCUAAUCAGCUCAAGAAUGUUGUCCCAGAUCAGCGAGACAAAGUUGUAGUUUUUUUUUUUGAAUGCCACGCCAUGGUCAAAAGAUAGAUGUUGCACUUUAUCGAAGUCGGUGUGUUUGGCAGUGCAGCACUUGUUUAGUGUAGCCAUCAGAGUCCUCCGUGGCUGUGGUAGUCUUCCGGGUUUGACCUGGGAGAUGAGCUUGAUCGCUUGUGCAUGACCCAGUGUGAUCAUGUCCUCCAUGAUGUCUUCCUCAGUGCCCAACUCAUAAUAUGCAUCCUCUUAUAAGAUUUGCAAUACCUGGUGCAUCAUCUCUUUGGUAAUCGUGACCUUAGUGUCCUUGAUAGUGGCGGUCAGCAUGUCAUCUAUCUCGUUGUCAUCAUCAUCAGUGUCCUUGUCAAAUGUUGCCCAAAAUUGUUGGAGAUACACCUGAGGGACUUUAGCAAAUUCGCUCAUGGUUUGUCAUAGUGUGUGGUCCUUCAGAGUGGUCACGAUCACGUAAGACAAGACAAGACCUUUGGGUCCAACUUCGAGUUGUUCUCCUUGAUGGGGUAUCAGUUCUGGAUCCCGUAGACGGUCUUCAUUGCUGCUAGUUCUGCCAUGACAUGCUUAAGUUGUCUUGCAUUGAUCCUUGAUUGGUAUCAUGAGGAGAAAAUUGUAACUCCCCCUCAGAAUGUGCAAGGUGUUGUUUGUCACCCGGGGAGUAAAGUAGAGAACUCCCCCUUGGAAUGUGCUUUCUUCGUUGUUUGGCACCAGGAGGAGUGAAAAAGAAACACCCGCCUCAGAAUAAGCACUUGUUGUUUGUUCUUGGCAUGUGUUGGUGUUGAGGUGUGCAUUUGUUGAUUUUUCAUCUCAGUGAGGAGUAUACACGCCAAUACUCCCCUUCAUAAUGUGCACCUAUUGAUUGCUCACAUCUCGUUUUCAUACCCGCCAUGCGUGUGGAGCAAUCGGUUCAGUUUCCACACAUGACGGACCUGCAAAAGGUUAAGAAACCUUUGGUACCCAUUUCAGGGUGGGUCCAUCCCUUUUAGCACAAAAGAAAUUUUGAAAUUUUUGUUUUAUUUUAGUUCCUAAACCAGUCUCUUUUGAAUCUUUUUGAGAGCUAUAUGACUGGGAUUCUGAUUUAGGAACCCAUUUUUGAGUUAUUGCCGGUGUAUGAGAAUUUUCAGCGCUGGUGAAUGAUGGAACAGAUUUCCGAGAAGUAAAGAUUUUCUCCCUUGAUAACCGUUUCAGGUGUUUAGCUGAAUAAACUUUGAGGGGAUAAGUCAGACAAACACCAUCACAAACAGUAUAGGUUGAAGCUUCAAAUCUUUUCUUUUCCGAUUUGCCAUCAUUCGCAUCACAAUGAGGUUUGACAACCUUAGCCUUUUGCUUAGGUUUCUCAGGCUUUCUAACCUCAGCUAUAGAAUGAGAAAACACAGAUCUAGAGUCAUUAGAAAAAGACUGAGAAGAAUGGUGUGUGACAGAGCUAAAUCUAUGUUUGUUUGAAUAAAAAGCAGCACUAGAACAAGACUUCUUAUUUUCAACAAAAUUCAUUUUCUUCUUCCCUUCAGCUAUUUCAGCUCUCUUUAGCCUCCACUCUCUUUUCCUCUCUAGUCUCCUACUCACUUCAUUUUCUGUUUUCAAAGGAGACGUGGAGUGAGUGGGUGGCCUUUUGAAAAUGUUAGGUUUGUUCAGAAUUUGUCGAGAAGAAUCAGUAUCACUAGAUGAUUGGGAAGCUGUGCCAGAUUGGGAACGUUCUUUUAAAAUGGUCAAUUCUCUCAACAACCUCUCCCUCUCACUUUCAAAACUUUUUCUUUCUUCUUCAAAACUCUUUCUUUGAUUUUCUAAAGAAAUGUGUAAGUUUUCAAAUUUUCUGAUUAGUGGAGGGAUAUAGGGUUCUUCUCCACUUGAACCUGAGGUUGAAAGGGGUUCAGGGUCUGACACAACUUCCUUCUCAAGAGGAUAGGGACUAACAUCUUCAUCGUGUGAAAAAACAGGUUUGGCUGUUUCAUAGCUUUUGUUUAGAGAGUCAUAACUGAAAGGAAUUUCGGCUUUAGAAGGAUUUGAUCGCUUUACCUCUUCUUCUUCUGCGGUUUCCUUUCCAUAGGUAAAAGCCAUCAACUUGGUCAAUCCUAACCCCAUGUACUUUAUGUUGUAAAGUUGAAGACAAUCAAUCUUUUUCAAAUUGUUGGGGUUAGAAAAACCAAGACCUUCUUUUGAGUUAUAAAAACGAGUGUCCUUGUUUUGGUUCAAGAAAAUUGUUUGUUCAGUCUGUCCUCUUUUGACCAGUAGAUCUUCUAACUCUUUGAUUUUUGUGAAAAGAGAACAUCUUUGUUUACGUAAAAAGUCGUUUUCUGCUUUCGCAACAUUUCGUUCGAGUUCUGUGUCACUAACCUUCUUAGUUAGUUCAGUUAUUUUCUGUGUAAGCUUCUCUGCUUCUAAAUUUUGUUUCUGAACUCUUUCUUUCUCAUUUUCUAGUUGUAACUUCAGGGAGUGUCUCUUGUCUAGAGUAUCAAGUAACACUUUGUAGUUGUUAUCUAACCUGUCUCUUAACUCCUUAAUAAUAUUGUCCUUUUCUUGUGAAGAAUGGACUUUGCAAGUACAGGAGCAAGAAGGUUCAGAAGUAUCCAUGGUUGAUUGUUGAAUGUUGACCGUAGACGUGAGGUUGAUUGAAGUUUCUGCAAAUUUUCGGACCUUGAAGUGUAGCUUGGUCCUUGAGAAAAAUAGCCUUAACCUUGAGAUUUUUUUUUUUUUUUUUUUUUUUUUUUUUUAAAUCUCAAGGUUGACUCUUGGAAGCUUUGGUUGUAAGGUUCACCUUUGGUGUUGGACUUUUGGACUUUGAAGUGGCUCAAAUUAGCUCUUGAAAAAGAAAGAUGAAAAAGUGUACACUUUCAAGCAAAGGAGUAAAGUAAACUUCUUAAAGUAUCCCACACCUAAACUCCUUGGAAACUUUUGAGCCUUUAAAUAAGAACCACUCCUCCUUUAAUAUUAAAAGGUGAAGGAGAAGAGGGGAGCUCUCGCGCACACAAGAAUUCCGGCUUUCAGUUCAAAAUCGAAAAUUCGCACCCCCCCUGCGCGGGCGACCUGCGGACACGAUAGCCGUAGAAUUCAGCGGGUCUCAAAAGACAAUUUUUGCCCCUCUUUCCUUUUUUUUUUUUUUUUUUUUUUACUCAAAGCUUUGCCUUCCUAAUCUCGAGAACUCUUUUCGAUACUCAACCUCGAGAAGUGCUUUUCAAUAUUGGCUUCGAGAAGUUCAACCCGAGAAGCUGCAGUUCGAGAAAUUUCUUUCGCGAAGCAGUCUAUCGAGAACCUGUACUUCGAGAAGUGCUUAUCGAAAACUUCCUGUCGAAAACUUCCUAUCGAGAAAUUGCUGUCGAGAACUUCCUAUCCAGAAGUCCCUAUCGAGAACUUGCUGUCGUUCCUAUCGAGAACCUGUUCUUCGAGAACUCUUAUCGAGAAACCUCCUGUCGAAAACCUGUCUAUCGAGAACUUCCUGUCCAGAACCAAUCUAUCGAGAACCUGUUGUCGCACCUAACGCUCGAGAACCACCUGCGAAAAACAAAAAUUCCGAACAAUACAGAAACGGAAUUCUGGACUGCUAUAUCUCAGAUUCUGAUCGAAAACGCCCUGAAAUCACAGAUUCAUGUCCAUUGCUGCUCUAUCAAACAAAAACAAUCGCAUAAACUUAGAUUGUCGAGAAGCUUGUCUUCAACGUCAACAGUAGAUCCGAAAUUGCAGAGAUUCUUCAAUCGAUUUCACGCUCGGCUCUGAUACCAAUUGUUUGUCCCUGUUUCAUUCAACAAUCAAACUAACAAUAUAGAAUAGAGCAGAAAACAGCUUUGAUUCAAUACCAAAUAAGGAUUUCGAACUUCAGAAUAUGGGUAUCGAGAAACAAAGGUUGCGGCUCUCUCUAGACUAAAAUAAUAUGCGCGUGAAUAAUCUUUCAAAAGCCUCUUCGCACAUUCCCUUAAAGGCUAUAUUUAUAUGCCUAGGGAAUGUGUGAUGUGACCUAAGCAUGAUUGGGCUCCUUUAUUGAUUGGGCCCAAUAGCACACUUUACACAUUUCCUAAUAAAGCUAGUCUAAUAAUAGCUAACAAAGAUCCCAAUGGGCUAAAAUAUCUAGACAAAAUAAUUACACAAAUACAAAGAUAUUUAUCAGGAUUGGACACCAUAAAAUAUCCCUAACAAUGUUUGAACUCCAAUCCCGGAAGCACUGUGAAAAUCCUCAUAGAGAGGCAUACCCCUCAAGGCCCUUGUGUUUUCAAAAGAAUGUAUAUGUGAUUUGGCGCUAUGAAAGCAGGCUUCCUUGAAGGGUGUAGAAAGAUAAUAGGGCUGGAUGAGUGCUUUAUCAAAACUGCUUUAAAGGGUGAGAUAUUAUCCGUGGUUGGUAGGGAUGCAAAUAACCAAAUGUACCCCAUCGUGUGGGCAGUUGUGGAGAUAGAAAACACUGAUUCUUGGAGAUGGUUUUUAACGCUAUUGAAGAAUGAUUUGGGCAUUGGAAAUGCUGGUGCUUGGACUUUCAUUAGCGAUCAGCAAGAGGGACUACUAAAUGGAAUCAAUGAGUUAUUUCCAUAUGCCGAAGUGAGGAAUUGUGCCAGGCCUAUCCAUGCGAAUUGGAGUAAGGGUCACAGAGGUAAAGUGAUGAAAAAACAUUUUUGGGCUUGUGCUCGGUCUACUAAUGAAGCUCAGUUCAAGUACAACAUGGAAGCAUUAGGAAAGGUAGACCGGGGGCAAAGGACAAUUUGGAGAAAUACAGUCCCUCACUAUGGUCAAAAGCAUUUAUUCGAACAGAGGUGAAGUGUGAUGCUAUCGAUAAUAAUUUUUCUGAAGCCUUCAACUCAACCCUCAUUAAUGUGAGACAAAAACCAAUCAUUCCAAUGCUUGAAGCAAUUAGAGUGGGUGUAAUACGCAGAAUUGCAAAGAAAAGAACAAGUGUGAAGAAGUGGAGCGGUAAUCAUGGGUGUUUGAUAAUUAAACAACUUCAGAAAAACAUUUUGCACAGCCUGGGUUGGCAUGUUGAUUUCAAUGGUGAUAAUAGGUAUGAAAUAAAAAAGGGAAAAGGUGCAAAUAGGCCCAUGUACUAACCAAAAAAGGUCAAAUAAGCCCUUAUUUAGGAGGCUCUGUCCGUCCGUCGCCAUUUGGGGUGGUUCCCGGUGAAACUUUUUGAUGAAAUUUUUUGAGCAUCUUAUUCAUUAAGUCUAGUUUACUCAUACCAAAUUUCAGCUAAAACUUCAAUUGGGAAGGCAUUCAAAUGAAUUCUUGAAAAUAACUGCACAGUUAGAAGCACAGUUAUCUUCAAGAAUUCAUUUGAAUGCCUUCCCAAUUGAAGUUUUAGCUGAAAUUUGGUAUGAGUAAACUAGACUUGAUGAAUAAGAUGCUCAAAAAAUUUCAUCAAAAAAUUCCACCGGUAAUCACCCCAAAUAACGACGUCCGGACAGAGUCUCCUAAAUAAGGGCUUAUUUGACAUUUUUUUGUUAGUACAUAGGCCUAUUUGCACAUUUUCCCAAUAAAAAAAGGAAGAAUGCACUUCACGGUGAAGUUGGACAAAAGGACUUGCAGUUGUAGGUCAUGGGAUUUAACUGGUAUUCCAUGCGCACACGCUGUGUGCUAUUUUUGACAAGGGGAUGCUGCCAGAAGACUUCAUUGAUGAAUGUUAUUCAAAAGAAGUGUAUUUGAAGACUUAUUCUCAUACACUGAACCCCAUAAAUGGAGAAAUGUUAUGGCCCAACACUCAAACAGAAGACAUUCAUGCCCCUAUCCCAAAAAAGAUGAGCGGGAGGACAAAGAAGAAAAGGGUCCGGGAGGUAACAGAAGAGGCUCCUCGAAAAGGCGGGGAAAGACUUUCGAGGAAAGGCAGAAUAAUGACUUGUUCUUUGUGUAACAUUCAAGGACAUUCAAAGGUCAAAUGCCCUACAAACGCCACUACACAACCCACUUCAACCGCAACAAGAAGGAGACUGAUCGGGCUAAACUUGCAAGUAUACAAGUGCCGAUAUAGUAAUAAAAUACCGGUAAAUACCGGGUCGAUCCACAGGGAAAUGGUUGUUAUUAUAAAGUCGAAUAUUGAAUGCAAAGAAUGUAAAUGAUAUAUUUUUUUUUCAGGAACUUUGCUCUUUGAGAUUGGUUUAAACAAGAAUGAGAAUUACUAAGGCAAUCGGGAUUCACCUAAAUGCUUU